UGUAAUCUGUGUUCGUUGUUCAUUCAUUCGGUCAAACAAUUGAUCACAUUUUUAAAUCAACGUUCCUGAUUUCAUUAUUUUUAAUUUUAUUAUAUUAUAAUGACGUAUAAGCGGAAGAAGUAUCACCACGGAGAUACUCAUCUUAAAAAACGUUGGAGAGUGCGCAAUAGAAAAAAAGAUUUAGAUCAGAUUGACGUAGAUUUGAAAGAAGACAACGCUGAGAAGUUACUCAAUCAGGAUGUGGAUUUAGAUUUACCUGGUUCUGCACAACACUACUGCUUACACUGUGCUCGAUAUUUUAUUGAUGAGCAAGCUCUUAACGAGCAUUUCAAGACGAAAGUUCACAAGCGUAGAUUAAAGGCUUUGGAGUUAGAGCCAUACAGCGUUGAAGAGUCCGAACGCGCAGCCGGUUUUGGUAGUUUCAAGUUACCAACUAAAAGGAAAAUUGUUACUCAAAAUACUAACAAAUCUGAUGUAGUAGAUAAAGACGGUGAUAUUAUUUUAGAAGAGACUUCAUGUAAAAAGAAAAAAUCUGAUGAAAAUGAUACGUAAAUCUAUUCUUAGCUUGGCAAUUAGACUAAGGGAUUGCAGAUUUAUGUCUGUAAGAAAAUCAGCUCUUUUUAUGAAUGGUACUAAAGCAA